AUGACCGAUUUCCCCCGGACCCCCCGGCAGCGCUUCUUCCGCGCGCACCAGCAAACGCACAGCUCGGCCUCGGCGGGCGCCGCUGCCGCGGCUACGGCGUGGGCCCUGCCCGCCGGCCAGGCGGCCAUGCGCCUGGAGCUGAGCCAACUCGCCGCCCUGCUGACUCGGGCGGAAUUGGCCACACACCGGGACCGAGCUGGCGCUCGGCUUGGCCGGCUUUCCGCCCGGCUGCCGGGGGACCUCACCUGCUUGGCACCCACUGAGCAGCUGGCGAUCGGCGCGCUGCUGGGCCGGCUGGCUGGCCGGGUGCUGGAUGCCCUGGCUCGGACAGACUGCCCGGACUUCGCCCGGGCGUGUGCCGAUGCCCUGGGCGCGCUCUGCCGGCCGGUGGCCAUGUCGCCCGCCGGCCCGGUGGCCGAUGCCUGGGCUGCCUCCUUCCUGCUGGGCGUUCCGCGGGGCGUGGCCGAGACCUGCCCGGGCGCCUGGCCAGCGGUGGCCGGCAGCUGUCCGGCGAGCCCCGCCACUCGCGACACCAGCCUGCCCGGGCCGGCGGCCAUCGCCAGCCACCCUCUCAACCCGUACCUUUUCCCGACGGCCGGAGGCAUGUCGGGCCCCGGCACCCAGGCAGGCCGGCGCCUGCCGGCCGGCCUGGCCGGCUGCCGGCCCGCCCUGCUGGCCUUGCUGAAUGUCUUCCUGAAGGAUGAGCACCUCCUGCUGGAGGGCCCGCUGCAGGGGCUGCUGCCGGCGCUCGGGGGCCUGGCCCGGCGGCCGAGCCCGGUGGCCGGGCACCUGCGCGCCCGCCUGGCCGAGCUGGCCUGCCGGGUGGCGGUCCACGCGUCGGCCGAGGCCGCCGGGCGGCUGCUGGCCGCGCUCGGGCCGAUGAGCGCCCCGGUUGCGGGGCCGCUGCGCGAUGGGGCCCUCACGCUGGCGGGCCCCGAGGCCGGACACGGGGCCGCGGCCCUCGCGCGGCUGGUCCAAUUCCUGGGCACCCAGCCGGCCGUCGGGGCAGCCCUCCUGCCGGCGGUCUGUGCCCUGCUGGAGCGCGUGGAACUGCCCGACGGCCUGCGCACCCUGGAUGUCGUCGAAUCGCUCGGCCACAUCCGGUGGAUGGCCUCCGGCGCGCCUGCCGACGCGCUUCUCGGCAUCCUCGGGUCCUUGCUGCCGGCGACCAUGAACCUGGCCGUCGGGACCUUCGCGCAUGUGGCCCUGUCGCCGGCGGCCGACCUGACCCCCGAUCAGGUCUCCCAGAAUACCCUGCGCCUGGGGAUGCACAAGGGCCUGCGCCUGGCGGCCGGGCUGGGCCAGGGGCUUCUCGGCCUGGCCGGGCAGGGCCCCCCCUCGGACGCCGGGCCCGCGGUGGCCUGCUUCCGCCGGGCCCUUGCCCUGGUGCAGCAGCUGGCCGGGCCCGGGGCCCUGGCCGGCGAGGAGGCGCGCGCGGCCCUCGGCGCGCUGGCCAUCCUCCAGGCGGUCCUCUCGGCCGGGGCCCUGACCGCGGGGUCGCUCUUUCCCCCGCGUGCCGCCUCGCCGGACCACCCGGCCCAGCGGACCUUCCAUGAGGCCCUCCUGGCGUUCCAUGGCUCGGCCAGCCCGCCGGGCGCCUGGUUUGCCUCGGCCGAGGAGGCCGAAGCUUUGCAAUGCAACCUGGUGCGCCUCCUGUCCAUGGCCGGCGGACUGGGUGUCGGCCGGCUGGCGCACCUCCUGCGCCCGGUGGCCCUGCGCCAUGUGGUCCUCUGUGUGGCGUCGCAGCUCCAGGCGGCGGCCGGGGCCCGGUCCCCCCCGGGGCCCGGCCACGCGUCGGCCUACCUUCGGCCGCGGCUCUGGCUGUGCCCUGCCUUCGACAACCCGAGCGCCGUGCUCUUCCGGGUGGACAGCUCCUCGCCCAUUGCCCUCGGGGCCAACAUGGAUGCGCGCCUGGUCACCGAGCUCGGCGUGGCCCUGAGUGCCGAGCGCCUGGACACAUCGCCCCUGCGCCCGGGCCCCGGGGCUGCGGACCACCCGCCGGGGCCCUUCACCGAGUGGUCGGCCUCCGACCACACCCAGCGCACCGACGAGGAUGUCUUCCUCACCCGGCAGGAUGCCCUGUCCUCGGCGUCGCAGCUCCUCAUGGGCGCCUUCCGGCCGACGCCGGGCAUGAGCUCCGGCGCCUCUGCCAAGCCGGCCGCCACAUUGGCCUUCUUUUGCGGCCUCUCCCUGCUGGCGGCCAAGGACCUUCACCCGGUGGUCGAAGCGUUGGCGAUCGCCCCCUUCACCAUUCCGCUGGCCCAGCGCAUCCGGCUGCUGCGCAUGCUGCUGAUCGCCGAGCACCCAACCCCCUUGACUUCGGAAAACAUCCAAGUCACCGUGCGCCGAGAUCACAUCAUCGCCGAUGGCUUGGCCCAGUUCCAGAAGGAGAUCGGCGAGGUGGCUGCCGGGCGCCGGGGGCUCAAUGCCGAUGGCCUGCCCGGCGGCUUCACCCCCUUCUCCAGUGCGAUUGCCCACUUCUUCAACUCCAUCGGCCUGUCGUCGAUGCCGGACUUUGCUGGGGCCGGGGCCGGGCCCGGCAUGGGUGGCGGCGGCGGCGGCGGCGGCGGCGGCGGCGGCGGCGGCGGCCGGCUCUCCUCCAGCCUCUGGAACUCCCUGCGCUUCAGCCUGCUGAAUGAGCAUGGCAUCCGUGAGGAUGGCCUCGACGGAGGUGGCAUCACCAACGAGUUCCUUUCGCUAUCCUUCGACAAGAUCCUCGAAGAGACCUUCGGUCUGUUUGUGGCCGGCGAGUCGGCCAACCCCGGCGCCCCGGCCCCGGACUGCUCGUACUAUCCGAAUGCCUCGACCUCGCUCAUGGUGGAUGCCAUCGUGGCACGCGGCAAUGGCCGGUCGGCCAUCGCCCAGAAUGCCGCCCGCUAUCUCCGGCAUUUGGGGCGCAUCAUCGGGCUGGGCUUGCUGAAUGACGUCCCCCUGUCCCGGGGAGCCCAGCUCCCGGGGUUCCUCCUUCAGCGGAUUCUCUCCUUCAAGCAGCAAACGUGGUCCUACUCGGAGCCCUGCUUCGACCACCUGUACUUCAUCCUCGGGUCUGGCGACUUCCGCGUGGGCCCCGCCGACCUGCUGGAUGCCUUCCUCCAUGAGGGCGGGGGCCGGCUGUCUGGCAUCCUGCCCCGGCGGGCCGAGCUGGCGCUGCACCUCCUGGCCGAGGUGGACCCCCCCCUGGCCCAGAGCAUGGCCAUGCUCCUGCGCGAAUCCCUCGCCCACACCAAUGCCACGGGUGAUGUGCCGAUGGCCGACCCGGCGGAGGCCCCCGGCUCGGAUGCCCUCGGCCUGAGCUUCAGUCUGACCAUCACCCCGGAGCUCCAGGUGUCCCUGGUCAAGCCGCGCCUGCUGAACCCGGAUGCCACGGCCGAUGGAAGCCCCGGACCCGUGGACAGCGACAGCGCCUCCUCGCUGGCCAGCAACCAUGGCCAGCGCUAUGCCAACAUGCUGGGCGACGGCGCCGGCGGGGAAUCCGGCCCCCAGCCGAACCUCGAGCUGCCGGCCGUCGGCGCCGGGCUCAAGUCGCGACUGAUCUUCGCGGUGCUGCUGAGCUACUGCAAGCUUGACCGGCUGGUGUCCGGCGCGGUGGAUUGCAUCCGGUCCGGCGUGCUGGAUGUCCUGGGCGGCACGUGCCAGCUCCUGGAGAUGGAACACGUCCAGGGCGACACGGUCAACAUGGCUGCCCUCAUGGAAGAGGGGUCCCUCCGGUGGAUGAACAUGUUCAGCCCGGACGAGCUCACCAUCCUUGUUCUCGGAUCGCCGGUCAUCGACCUGGAGGACCUGCGCCACCACACCACCUACCAGCAUGAUGCCCUGCGCGAGCAUCCAGCCGUGGCGGCCUUCUGGCAAGUCCUGGCCAAGGACUUCUCGGAGGUCGAACGGCGCCAGCUCAUUCGCUUUGCCACCGGGUCCUCCCGGGCCCCGGCCGGUGGCUGGCAGUCGCUCCACCCAAAGUUCUGCAUCCAACUGAUGGACUCGCAGGAUGCCGACCACAUGCCGACGGUUUCCUCCUGCCUGCACCUUCUCCGCCUGCCGCCACUCAGCGACCCGGCUCGCAUGGCUCAGGUCCUGCGCCGGGCCAUCGUCGAGACCGGGUUCGAUGUGCAGUGA